AUGGGGAUGCAGACAGCGGCCUUCAUCCUGAGGGUCUUCCUCCUGCAUCUUGAGGAAGAUGAAGAUGACGAAGCAGAAACACAUGGGAAGGAAACACCAGAAUCCAAAGGCUUAUCCAGGGAGGAGUUUGAAGAGUACCAGAGGCAGCUGGUGGAAGAAAAGUGAGUAAGCAAAGAUGCUAAUAUGACGACGAAAAAGGCUGAGAGGGCAAAUCUAAGAGAAACAUUACUGGAAUGUUAAUGUUAUUAUAAAUGUAAUUACGUUUAACAACUAUUUUCACAGAGCGCUCAAGACACUGCCACACUUCAGAUGGCCAGAGAUGACAUUGACCUCCAAGAGGACCUUGCAAAAAUGGUGUGUGAAGAUGAGGAAGAAGAGACCAAUGAUCCAUUCCUCCAUCAGCUUCAAAACAUGGAUGCAGAUACACUGAAAACCAAAGCCCAGGCCACGGUGACAGAGAUAAAGCAGACUGCAGAGGAGAAGUGGACUCUAACUGUUCAUCAGAAAUAAACUGGACCUGCUCAAACCUUCAAAGAUCCGGUGACAUGAAUUUCAGUGUUUGACCAAACAAGUUCAAUGUUUCAAUCCAACCUCACAAAUCUUUCUUGAAAUUAAUUUGCCAACUUCAUGAGUCAGAACUCAUUUGCUUAAUUUACAGUGUUCUUUUUUGUUCAGUUUAGUGGCGGUUGGCAACUAACAUCAAGGUGCAUUACCGCCAUCUACUGUGUGUCUGUGUUCUUCUUUCCUUUGCCCAGCGGCGGGUGGCCCCCUUGCUAUUAAGGGUAAUAAGAGAUAUAGUACCAAAUGGGGAAGAAGAAGAAGUCGGAUAUUGAAACACCAAGUGGAUGGCGUUGAUGCCUUGAUGUUGGUUGCCACCUGCCAAUUAACGAAGAAGAAGACCAUAGGGCAAUACAGGUCCUGUAAUCUGGAUGAGUGGAGGUGGUUAACAGUUUUGACAAGCUGAAAGAUUAAAAGAUAUAUAUACAUGAUUGCUCCAAUGAUAUAUUAUUUCCCGACCUAUACGUCAUUGUAGGACAAACACUGGGUUAAAAUAAGCACACAAAAGAAGUAUAGUACUGUCAAUCCAUUUUCUCCCCUGGAUGUGUGUGCACCUUGCUUGGGCAGCCAUUUUGAAUUGCUUGUACCUAUAGACCACAUUAUAGGACAUACUGCAUAAUCUAGGAUUAGAAUUUCUACACUGAUACCUGCUUGUCCUCCUCUGUUGACUAUAUGAAUUGUUUUAGUUCAUCUUUUUG